UUAUUAUUAUCUACCACUACGAUAAUAUCAUAUUUAGUUUAUUUUUAUUUAAAAUGGAGUCGAGCUCUAAACUAUUGGAAAUCACAAAACAUUUCUGGACCCAAACCGUUACCGAUUUUCGGUAAUAUAUUAUCCCGAUUUUUACGGCCAAUGUCCACUGUUGAACUAGAAUGGUAUAAAAAAUAUGGACAAAUUUUUGGUGUCUAUACGGGCGACAAACCGGCCCUUUCGGUCGCCGAUCCGGAACUAAUCAAACAAAUACUGGUCAAAGAUUUUCAUUUGUUUCGCAAUCGCAGGGAUAACGGUUCCCGACAUCCGAUUAUUACGAAAAACUUGUUCGCCGCCCGGGAUGACCAUUGGAAACGUGUCCGGGCUAUAGCUUCACCAACGUUUUCGUCGGGAAAGAUGCGUAAAAUGUAUGCCUUAAUCAGGGAAUGUUGUCUGGAUUUUAUCAAACACAUCGACAACCAGUUGGUGGAUACUACCGGUGCCGUAGACAGCGGCAGUGGUGGUCAGGUAGAGCUGAAAAAACUAAUGGGCAACUAUACAAUGGAUGUAAUAGCCCGGUGCGCAUUCGCUACGAAAACCAAUACCUAUAGCCAACCGGACAAUGAGUUUACCACACGGGCAACAAAAGCAUUUACUACACCCAUUUGGCGUAUGCUAUUGUUAGGUGCAUUGCCCAGUCGACUGUUUCAAUUGACAGCCGCACGCAAACUGGUUAUCGGUGCGGAUCAUUCAAAAUUUUUCAUCGAUGUUUCACGCAAUCUGAUUAAUCAACGUAAAGCUAACCAACAACUAAAAUACAACGAUUUUCUACAGUUGCUUAUGGAUGUCGAACGGCCAGACAAUGCUAACGUAGAGAACCGGGAGGAGAUGAUCGGCACCGAUACCAGCGAAUCCCAUCACGUACUGGAAACUGGUCAGGACGAGCUCCGAGCUAAACGCCAGGCACUGGCCAAUGAUUUUAUGGGCGAAAAAAAGUUAACCGAAAACGAAAUCCUAGCCCAGUGUUUCGUAUUUUUUAUAGCCGGCUACGAGACAACAGCAUCGACACUGGCCUACUGUUUCUAUGAGCUGGCAUUGAAUCCCCAGCUACAGGACCGGCUAUACGAGGAGACUCAGCAAGUGUUUGACUCCGACGGUAACAUUGACUAUGAAGUACUAUCGCGCCUACCAUUUACCGAUUCAUUACUAUCGGAAACGUUGCGCCAUUAUCCGCCACUGUUACGACUGGAUCGGGAGGCUAUGGCCGAUGUUAGACUGGGAGGUACCGGUAGCCAUAACAGUAUAACAAUUGAAAAGGGUUUGGUAGCCGAAAUACCGGUCUAUGCUAUACAUCACGACCCCGGCUACUAUCCCGAUCCGUUUAGUUUCCAACCGGAUAGGUUUAUGCCAGAAAACCGUUCAAAGCUUAUACCCUAUACCUACUUACCGUUUGGUGCCGGUCCACGUAAUUGUGUUGGUAUGCGUUUUGCACUGUUGGAAGCUAAGCUAGCAUUGGCCCAACUGACCCGCAGGUUUAGGUUUAGUCGGGUUCCGGAUACUGAUGUACCGGUUGUAUUCAAUAGGGGUCGGUUCCUAUUGCAAACCAAUCGUCUGGUGGUCGGUAUAGAGAAGCGCUAA